AUGCCUGGAUGGGCAGGAAUUAUUGUCAUCGCUGCCGCUACCUUCUUGGUCACGCUCUUCGGAUACAAGAUUGUGCAUACAUACGAACGCUACUCUUGGAUUCCAUGCUUCAUCAUCUUCAUGAUUGUUCUUGGGGAGUUUGCUCACUCUGGUCACUUCUACAACAUUCCAAUGGGCGUCGGACUCUCUGAGGCAGGCUCAGCACUCUCUUUUGCUGCAAGUGUCUUCGGAUUUGCUACCGGGUGGACGUCAUAUGCUGCAGACUACACCGUCUACCAACCAGUCGAUCGACCACGCAAGUCCAUUUUCUGUUGGACCUACGCCGGUCUUGCUUUCCCACUUCUCUUCACUGAGAUGCUCGGUGCGACAGUGGCGACAGCUAUGGCUGCCAAUGAUGGACAUAAUAUCUACAUGGAGGGAUAUCACUCGUCUCAUAUCGGAGGUCUCCUUGCCGCUGUUAUUGUUCCUCCGCUUGGUCAUUUCGGCAAAUUCUGCCUGGUUGUCCUUGCCCUCUCAAUUAUCGCCAACAACUGUCCUAACAUUUAUUCCGUCGGUCUCUCGCUCCAGCUUUUGGCAAAGAAGUCUCAACGUGUUCCUCGGUUCAUCUGGACCUUCAUCGGAACCCUCGUCUACUGCGCAAUUGCCAUCCCCGGAUAUGGCCAAUUCGAGAACGUGCUUGAGAACUUCAUGUUGUUGAUUGCUUACUGGCUUGCAAUCUACGAGGGUAUCUCUAUCCCUGAGCACGUGAUAUUCAAGCGUGGAUUCACUGGCUAUGACCCAUCUAUCUACAUGGAUCCAAAGCUCCUCCCACCUGGAAUCGCAGCUGUGACUGCAUUCUUGUUCGGUGUCAUGGGAGCUGUCCUCGGAAUGGCGCAAGUGUGGUUUGUCGGUCCGAUUGGAAAACUUUGUGGAACUGCUUUCGGAGGAGAUGUUGGGUUUGAGUUGGCCUUUGCUUUUGCGGCUAUAACUUAUAUCCCUCUAAGAUACUUUGAGAAGAAGCACUUCGGGAGGUGA